CUGAAAAUGACAUUAACAAAGAUGGCGCCGACUGAGGUAGAAAAGUGUUGAGAGCCACAAACGAUACAACUACAUAACAGUCACCGUGAGCAGCACCGCCGGGACUGUAGUGCUGACCGCCUUGUCUAAAACAGGGAUCGGUAAAGCGAGCACACCGCUGAAGAGGAAAGCUGUAAAACGAGGUGGGGAAGCCGUUAUAGCUGACCCGACGCCAUGGCUCACUCUCCGAUACAAAGUGGGCUUCCUGGGAUUCAGAACCUCAAAGCUGAUCCAGAGGAGCUUUUCACCAAGCUGGAAAGGAUAGGCAAAGGGUCUUUUGGCGAGGUGUUUAAAGGCAUCGACAAUCGCACUCAGAAGGUGGUGGCCAUUAAAAUAAUUGACCUGGAGGAAGCAGAGGAUGAGAUUGAGGACAUCCAACAAGAAAUCACAGUUCUCAGCCAGUGUGACAGUCCCUUUAUCACAAAGUACUUUGGAUCCUAUCUCAAGGGAACAAAAUUAUGGAUUAUUAUGGAAUAUCUGGGCGGAGGAUCUGCCCUUGAUUUGUUGGAACCCGGUGCCCUCGAUGAGACGCAGAUUGCCACCAUUUUGAGAGAAAUCCUAAAGGGGCUUGAAUAUCUACACUCUGAAAAAAAAAUUCACAGAGAUAUCAAAGCUGCCAAUGUGUUGCUGUCGGAACAAGGUGACGUCAAGCUGGCGGACUUUGGUGUGGCGGGCCAGUUGACUGACACGCAGAUCAAGAGGAACACAUUUGUUGGUACGCCUUUCUGGAUGGCGCCUGAAGUCAUUAAACAAUCGGCGUACGAUUCAAAGGCAGACAUCUGGUCGCUGGGAAUAACAGCAAUAGAGCUGGCUAAAGGAGAGCCGCCUCACUCCGAGCUCCAUCCCAUGAAGGUUUUGUUCCUCAUCCCAAAGAACAAUCCACCCACGCUGGAGGGCAACUACAGUAAACCACUGAAAGAAUUUGUGGAAGCCUGUUUGAAUAAAGAGCCUAGUUUUAGGCCAACUGCCAAAGAGCUGCUGAAGCACAAGCUGAUUGUACGGCAUGCCAAAAAGACAUCCUAUUUGACAGAAUUAAUCGACCGGUACAAGAGGUGGAAAGCAGAGCAGUCACGAGAUGAGUCCAGUUCGGAAGAAUCAGAUGAGGAAACGCAAGGACAGGCUUCCGGAGGCGACACUGGCGCUAAUGAUGACUGGAUCUUCAACACAAUCAGGGAGAAGGACCUGAAGAAGGUGCAGAAUGGGGCCGUGGAGCCAACUGAGUUGGAAAUGAAACCGAAUUUACAGGAGCAAGAGAGUCCAAAGAGGCCUUUGUCGCAGAGCUUAUCAUCCAUCUUCUCGCCGUUGUUUUCUGAGUUGAAAGCCAAGGGAGAGAUCAGCAAUGGCAAGCCCGAGGCUGCAGAGGCACUGCAGGAUGCCAUUUUACUUGCUGAAGAUAUGCAUCCAGGCGUGUGUGACUCGCUGGUGGCUGAACUACUCCAGAGACUUCAGAGGUUUUCAGCACCUCCGACUGCUGCCACUCAUUGAGAAGAAGCACAAGCGUGCACCUUGAUGAGGACGCAUGGAUGCAGGCAUGCAAGCCUUCCAGAUCUGCUCUCCAUCACGCGUUAGCCUCCUAGUGCACACGCGCACCACGAGAGAGCCCUAAUGUGAGCAGGGGAGUGUUUCCAGUUGGGGGAGGAGAGUGGACUUAAGCCAUCCAUCUCUCUUUAGUUCUUAAGUUGGAGGUGUGUGUGCUUGCGUGUGUGUGUGUCUGUGUAUUUGGGUGUGGGUGAAGUGUUCUUUUGAAAACUCAGGUAUCCUGCUUUUAAGGUCCUCUGGGAGGUCAAAUGAGCUCUAUAGGGUGGCUGUACAAACUUGUAAAUAAGCAUAUUUCUACAGAUAUGAGAACAAAAUGAUAAUAAUAAUUAUAACAAUAAUGGUAAUAAUUAUGUGGUUGUACAAAUGGCCAAAUGCAGACUGUAGAUAAUAUUGGUGGUGAGGUAAAUAUUUACAGAUUAGAAGGGCCGUACAUGAGAUUGCCUUCUGACAGAAUAUCACUCUUUGAUUUGUCAACGUCGGUGAAGCCUCGUACUCACGGCUUCAAUGUUCAUACGUACAAACCCCGUCAUCAUCAUCACUUUCUGGAUCAUGCCCACACAGCAAAUGUCCCCUAAAUUAAAUGCAUCGCAGGUCUCUUUUUGGAGCGAGAGUAAUAUUAAAAUGCUGUAAUUUUUUUUUUUUUUAUUAUUAUUAUUUUGAAGUUGAUUUUCAAGCACGCUGUUGACAAAGAGUUUUGGGAUUAUGUGUGAUUGAGUACAUUGCUGUCCUCUGUUUUUGUCACGAGUACAUGUACAGUAUGUGAUUAACAUUUCAGUAAAUUGGAAUCUUGCAGAAAAGUUUUGGUUCAAUUCAAAAAGUCACUUAUUGAAUGAAAUACAGUGUACCCUGCCACUGUCACUUUUUGAAGUUAACUACACUUUUCUACAAUAUUCAAAUGUAUUGAGAUACACUUCUAUUUGACAAUGUUAAGGUUCAUGGGAGUAGGCAAAUUUGUCAUAUUGGUGCUGAGUUGGGGACAAAAGUGGGACUCCCUCCCUGCCUUAGACUGUCUGAAAGAAGUACCAAUCGAUUUGUUGUUCCUCCACUUGAGUACUUUGGCCGAGCCGACUUUUUUUGGAGGACAAGAGGUUGUUUCGAAAUGUCUGGAUAUUACACAAGGAAUGGCCAUUUGCAUGGGUGUGAUGCAAUAGGUCCAUUUUUUUUUUUUUUUUCCAUACAUUCCUUCGUUUAAUUUCCUGGCUAUGCUGCGUGGCAAUGCUGACUUUUGUUUUUCUUUAUUUUCAUUUUCUCCUGUUGAUUGGCAUUGGAGUGCAGUGUUUGCAGUUCGUCACAGUCUUCCUCUGAUUGUACUCGAAGUUUCAAGGAAUGCCUUUUAACUUUUGUCAUCCACGAGUCAAUUGGUUGUAAACCGCUUUUUUCAAUACACACAGACUCAAACCGUUUACAACUAAAAUCGUAAUUUCUCUUAAUUCCAUUUUAGAAGCAAAAAUGGUUUCUCUGAUUCUGCUCUGUCAGUUCCAAUUUGAACAUAUCAAAUAAAUCUUCAAGUAAACGCCACUCUAAUGAUUUGACAAAUUGCUCGUUUAUAUGUCGAAUAUGGUGAUGUGCUCAGUGCAGGGACCCAUCUAGUCUCGUGUCAAAGGGUGGUAAUCCAUGGUAAAAUCCAGAAAAAUAUUCAACUGUUUAUCUUCUUGCUGCGACAACAGUUUUUCCAAAAAGAACUACAGCAUAUAAACAAAAGCUAAUAGCUUUGUUGGUUUUAGCCUGUUAAACAAGUGUUGAAUAAUUUAAAAGUGGCCCUUGUAUUCAUUAACAAAAAUCUGAUAACCCACUCGCCCCACAAAAAAAAAAAAAAUUGUAAUUGAGCAGUGAUUAAACAGGUGUGAGAGGACAGCAGUGUGAAGCCCAGCGGUCAACCUCUUCACAUGUGCGUUUUAGCACAUGUUCAGCGGGAUGCCAUCCGUGCUGAUUGCUGACUUGACUUGAAUCAGCUUUUGAGAGUGUGAUGGGCUGGUGAGUAAAAAGUACAGGAUCAGCUUUAAGAUAUUCAAAUCGAAAUUCCACUGCUGCAUCGGUGGACCGCUCUGAUGAAAAUAGGAACUCUUUUUUUUUUUUUUUUUUUUGUCUACAGUGUUAAUGAACAUUUAAGUCCCAGAAAUCAAAUAUUUACAGUUGACUGGCUGGCUGGUGUGUGAUUUUCUUGUGUGGUCCACCGUUUCAGUUUUCAUGUUCGUGCUCCACAGUGAUAACGUGCCAUGUGAGAACUCAUUUCAACAAAUUCAAUUAUGAUUUGCACCUUCUACAUGCUCAAAAUGCUCAUUUCAAUUGCUUAUGUUUUUUGUGCACUUUGUCCAAUUUUUUUUUUUUUUCAUUGGUUGCUAAAAUGUGGUACUUGGUUUUCUUUUGCGGCUACGCUGCGUCUUUUGUCAUUUCGCUUCCCAUUUUGUGUGCUACGGCAAUAAACCGCAGUGUGAUGGCCAGGAUUGUCUUAGCGCAACUAUAUUCUUCUUUCAAACUAUUUUUAUAACCCAGAGGAGCAGUAUUAUUUAAUAGCGCUAGUAAAGUUUGGUGAUGUGUCCCUAAAGAAUCGGUAAACACUGGAAAGCAAAUGUACAUUUUAUGUGAUGACGCCAAUAGACGUUUGUUCAUUCGAGACAGUUGCUGUUGGGUUUAUUGGACGUUGUCAAAUGAUUGACAGAAAUAAAAAAUCUAGCACAGA